GCUUGAAAUUCAAAUGGUAAACAAAUCCAAACAGGAAUGCAAUUAACAUAAAUAAAAUGCAACAAUGCCUGAGACUUAACCCAGAGUUCAGGCCUGCGAGAAUAACUCAUGUAAUAAACCACACCCGAGUAGCAUUGAGGGCUGAGCCAGCGCAGUCAUUGAAAAAAGCGAACUAGAGGAGAGGCAGCAAAAGUGAAAGUUGGCCAGAGAGUAAAAUGCUGAAAAUUGUCUUAAUCAGUGGCAAACGCAAGUGUGGCAAGGAUUAUAUAUCCGAGAGGCUACAAAAGCGCCUAGCGAAUCGCGCACGAAUCGUGCGGAUCUCAGAGCCCAUCAAAUCGGAAUGGGCACGCAAGCUGCAGUUGGACCUCAGCGCAUUGCUCAGCGAUGGGCCCUACAAGGAGCAGUAUCGUCGGGACAUGAUCGUGUGGAGCGAUGAGAUGCGCACCAAGGAUUAUGGCUACUUUUGUCGUGCAGCCAUGGCGGAGGCACCCUUGGAUCAGACGCCUUACAUCAUAGUCAGCGAUGUGCGUCGCAAGAAUGACAUCAAAUGGUUUCGCGAGACCUAUGGCCAGGACAUGGUCCGUACUGUGCGUCUAACCUCCCGACCAGAGACGCGUCAGGCACGCGGCUGGACCUUCACCGAGGGCAUUGAUGAUGUUCCCUCCGAAUGUGAUCUGGAUGACUACGAUAGCUUUGACUUUGUUGUACCUAAUGAAGAUGAGAAUGAUCAGGGAUUUAUAGACCAGCUAGUGGAUAUGCUGCAGUUGAAGUAGUUGUGUGGAUAUUAAUAUUCUCAUUGCACUCGAAUAUGUAUUUUUGAUAUCAAAUGUAUUCUAAAAUGGUUAGGCUAGGUUAGGCUAACUUUUAUCUGCAUAUUGAGUUAAGAAACUAAUCACAAAUGCCUCUCUGGCCACUUUGAGCGGAACAAACUGUUUUUAUGACCAAUUUUUCGUCGCAAAUGCAAGACAUCCUUUUUGUCUGCCCA